GCAAAUCCGUUCAAUCUAGUAAGAGAGACGGAGAGAGGGAGACGGAGCGACAUGGCGGCGUCAAUGGCGAGAUCCGGCCUUCGAUCGGCGUCGUUUCUCCUGCGCCGGGGAGCGAAGAGCAACGCCGUCGCCCCAGCCAAGAGGAGCUUCUCCGCCUCCGCCCACGAUGACGCCCAUGAGACCGCGAAAUGGGAGAAGAUAACGUAUGCCGGGAUCGUGACCUGCACGACCCUCGCCAUCUAUAACCUCUCCAAGGGCCAUCCCCACCACGAAGAACCCCCGGCUUAUCCUUACUUGCACAUUCGCAACAAGGAAUUCCCCUGGGGUCCUGAUAGUCUCUUUGAGAAGAAGCACGCUGAUCACUAGACAACCACUUAAAUGUCAAUCUUCUUGUCUAGUGUUCCAUUGUGGAGAAUGUCAAGACUCAGAUUCACUUUGGAAACUUCUUCUGUUUUUAUGUUAUCUUCCAAUAAUGUCUAAACCUCAUGAAUUUGUGAGAUUUUAAUUGUCAUACUUUUUAAGUUUUCAAGAGAAUGAUAGUAUUUCCCCUCAA